GAGGUAAUCAAAGAAGUCUCAUUAUUACCUUUGAUUGAAGUACCUCGGAAUGGAUGGAGUCGUUGAUUGUGAUCUGUCAAGACAAGCUUCCUGUUGUCAGUUCUAAUGGCUUUCCUGCGGAGAGACCAGGGAAGGGAAGGAGUCUUAGAAGCAAUAGCUAGAAGGUACGCCUUUUAUCACCUGACCUACACUACGAAGAGAUAUACCCUUCUACAUUCUUAUUGCUGUACACCUUUGGCUCUCCUUUGUCUUCUGCACUGCAUAAUUCAUAUCUUGGCUACAAUGUAGAGUCAGUCCAAGCUCGCUCAAUCCUCAAGAUGCAAACAGU